AUGGCUCCCUCUUUUUACGAAACACUUGUUGAACGCAACAAGCAAUACGCUGAAACUCAUAACCCCGCCCCCACCAUCGCCGAGCAGAUGGCUCUCGGUCGCGUCUUCGAAACCACUCUCGUCAUUACUUGUGUCGAUUUCCGCCUCAACCCAGAUCAAUUCUUGCAAACUAAGCCCGAAGAUCAAUUCCUUAUCUCGCGCAAUCCGGCAGGGCGCGUUGGCCCUGCUUUGCAAGAAAUUAUGCUUUUUGAUGUUUUUCUUGGAUUGAAGAGGGUCAUUGUGAUUCAUCACACAGACUGUGGCGGAAGUCAAUUCAAGGAUGCAGAUAUCCGUGAAGCUCAUAAAAGCCGUCUGCCGGAUCAUUCAGAGAUCGAUCAUAUGGUGUUUGGAGCUUUUGACGAGGUUGAGCAAAGCGUCCGAGAUGACCUUCAUUUACUGAAGACAUCUCCUUAUGUUCCAAAGCGAAUUUCUGAUCAAUCUUUGGGAUUUGUGUACGACAUCAAGACAGGCUUGUUAACUCCGGUGGAAUAAAAUAACCAAGCGUGGUUUAUUGUGAGAAAGAUUAUCAGGAGGUAGAUACGAAUAAAUGCACGGUGUACACACUCAUUUGCAUCUCAAUCUACCAAGGUAGUCAUGCAGUCAGAUAUAUCGCUUUAAUAUACGAG